AUGCCGUGUCUCCGAAUCGCCAGCCCCAGCCUGGCCCUGCUCAGUCUCCUGCUGCUGCUGGCGGCUCUGGGCUCUGACCACUGGCUGCUGACGACGGAAAACCAAAUGUUGAUCCAUUCGGGGCUGUGGAAAUUCUGUAUGAAUCUGAGGUGCCUGAUACCUUUGACUGUACCAGAUCGCAUGAGGGCCAGCAGGGUUUGCCUGAUCCUGGCUGUGAUCGCUGCGUUUCUCUCCUGCUUGGCUCUCCUCGCCUCGUUCUUCCGCUCUCACCUCGGCUCCGUGCCCCUGACCCUGGUCUCUGCCGUGGGCAGCUUCAGUGCCGGUCUCUGUGCCACCAUCGCCAUGGCCGUGUUCACAUCCCAGAGCGCGAAGAGCAUGAUGGGCUCCUCGGCUCGAGUCAGCUUCGGGUGGGCCUUCGGCCUGGGCUGGGCCGCCUGCCCACUCGCCCUCCUAGCCAGUGUGGUGACAUUUUUUUCCCAAGGAUCUUCAUGGAGCUGA